AUGGCUGGUCAUUGGGCCCCUCGACAACGCUCCAAUCGAGCACCCAUCGUCGCCUUUGUCCUCUUCGUCAUCUUUCUCUAUUGGUUCCGCGACAGCCUCCUACCGUCAAAUACACCGGCGCGCAAGCAUAGAAAUGAUUAUCCGACGUUGAACCUCGGCGAUGACGAUGUUGAGUUGGUGGUGGCUAGCAUGAAGCAUGAGAAUGUUUCUUGGCUCGAAGAAUACCUCCCUGAAUGGAAGAAGAAUAUUUACGUGGUCGACGACAACAGGGCCAAGCUGACUGUACCCAUGAAUAAGGGCCGUGAGGCCAUGGUCUUUCUGACCUACAUCAUUGACCGAUACGACUCCCUGCCCGGUAACAUUGUCUUCCACCACGCCGAGCGCUUCCAAUGGCACAACGACAACCCCGACUACGAUGCUCUUCCCCUCCUCCAGAACUUCCGCUUCGACAACCUGAAGAAGGUCGGCUACGCCAACUUGCGAUGUGUAUGGAUUCUUGGCUGUCCCGCAGAGAUCAGACCCAUUAAGGAUGAGUCCCCUGGCAAGGAGGGCGAGCCCAUACACGCACGUCACGUUUACAAGGCUGCUUUCCAGGAGCUGUUCCCCAGUCUUGAAGUUCCUGAGGAAGUCGGCGUUACCUGCUGCUCGCAGUUUGCCGUUCGUCGCGAAACUAUUCAUCUUCGUCCCCGCGCCGAGUAUGUGCGAUUCCGCGAGUGGUUGAUUGUAUCUGCCUUGGGAGAUGCCCUCAGUGGUAGAGUUCUCGAAUAUUCUUGGCACAUCAUGUUUGGCAAAGAAGCCGUCCAUUGUCCAAGCGCCGCCGAGUGUUACUGCCAGAACUAUGGCAUGUGCGAUCUCAAGUGUGAGGCAGACAAAUGUGAAGGUCAAUACACACUUCCUCCCUUCUCGACCCUUCCCAAAGGCUGGCCUCAGCUCGGUUGGAAGGGAGAAAACCGGGGCUGGGAGGGCCAGCUUUGA